AUGGCUACCAAUACAAUCUCCAUCCGCAGUGAUAGAAGCUUCUUCGACACUGAGGCACUCUCUGAUGUCAAGGUCAAGUUCGGCGGACAGCAGCUCUUGUGCCACAAGACGGUUCUCGCGCGCAAGUCUGAGUACUUCUACAGAGCCUUCACUGGCCAAUUUCCAGUCGCCUCAAGCAACGAGAUCGACCUCGGCGACGAUGAUGACCCCGAAGCCGUUCGCGCCAUGAUCCGCCACAUCUACGAUCUUCCCUACGAUCAGAUGCUCGAGGCAAACACCUUCGACGACACAGCCGCCUAUAGCACCAAUGAAGAUCUGCUCUUCCACAUCGCUGUCUUCACCGCUGCCGACAAGUACGACGUUUCUACCCUUCGUCCCUUGGUUGUCAAGAAAUUCGAGGAUCUCAUGGAAACCACCUGGGAGGGCGACCAGUUCGCCACCGCCAUUCAGAAGCUUACCGGUCCGUCCGCUGGACACCUUGCCGACAACACUCUCCAGGCCGCCGCUGCCGCUUUCUGCGCCAAGAAUCUCACCAAGCUCAUCAAGAAAGAGACCUUCGUCAAGAUGAUCCAGGACGAGGAGCCUUUCAGUGGUCGCCUUCUCACUGGCUUUGUGACUGGUAUCUCUGCACUACCGCCUGUUCCAUUUUUCAGAUGUCAACAGUCAAAGUGCAAGGAACUUGGUGAAAGGAACCCUGCGUUUCUUAGCGGUGUCCGAGAAUAUGCGAGAAAGCAUUGCAUGCACUGCGAUUGCACAACUAACACACCAUACUAUGAUGAUAAUGGCAUGUACGAACACAUCUCUCUGACCCCCUGGACCGAAUUUUCUGGAUCUCAGUAA